AUGUUUGCAGCGGAUGUUUGCAGCGGGAGUUCGCGUCGAGUUCCCGUCGGGCCAGCUCGGCCGAGUCCCUCGAACCCGAGUCUUGCGUCUCCCCGACCCGUGCGGGUGUUGGUGGUGGGCGGCACGGGUAGGAUCGGCACGGUGGUGGCCGCCCACCUGCUCCUGCACGCGCGCGGGCGCCUCGGUCGCCGGGCGGAGCUGCUCCUGGCCGGCCGCGACGCGCGCAGGGGCCGCGAGGCGGUGGAGGAGGUGCUCGCCCUGGUGGCGGGCGGCUGUGAGCCGCCGCUGUGCAGCUUCCGGCAGCUCGACUGGCAGGACGGCGCCGCCGUGCGGGAGGCAGCGGGGGGCUGCGCGGCGGUGGUGCACACGGCGGGCCCCUACUUGGACGCACCCCACACCGUCCUCGAGGCGGCCAUCGCGCGGGGGGUGCCCGUCUACGCCGACGUGGGCGACCCGCUGGAGUACCUGGAUGCGGGGCUGGAGCUGUCGGGCGCGGCGCAGCAGAGCGGCACCCGGGCCGUGAUGGCGGCGGGCGCUUUCCCUGGGCUCUCCAACCUACUAGCGGUGGAGGCUGCCGCCCAGCUGCUGGAGGCGUCGGGCGAGCCCGUGGCGGACCUCGACUUCAACUACUUCACCGCCGGGCUGGGCGGGAGCGGGGAGGUGAACCUGCUCAUCACCAACCUGGGCUUCGCGGAAGACGUUGCGCAGUUCGACCAGGGGAGGUUGUCGUCGCAGCGCAACGCCGGUCUGGACGCCCACAGGACGAAGUUCUACAUAGACGAGGACGACGUCAGCUUCGAGCGCGUGGGCGAGCAGACCGUGUGGGCCUGGCCGUUCCCGGAGGCGGCGACGGUGGCGCGCCAGCUGGGCAUCUCGGGCAGCUCUCGCGUCGGCAUGGGCACCGCGCCGGAGAUCUGGAACGUCAUGAUCGGGCUGCUGGCGAGCCUGGUUCCCCGAACGCACGCGAUGCGCGUGGACGCCGUCGGCGAGCGGGGCGGCCGCGUCAGCUUCAUCCAGGCUCACGAUAGCUUCCGGCAGUGCGUAUCGGGCGUUGCCACAGAUGAGCCUUACGGCCUGCUCCGGGCGAAAGGCCACCCCUUGCAACACCCGAGCGUGGGCCAGUCGUGCGCGGAGUUCGUGCUCGACAUGCUCGGGCACCGGCCGGCGCUGUACGCCUCCGCGGCGGACCGGCGGAGGCUGCUCGCCAGGAUGACGUCCACGGAGGGCACGCUGACGUACCGGAUGCAGUUCGUCCCUGGGCGCGCCUGA